AAGCCUUUGGGAGAAGAGGGGCUUUUGGUUUCUUUCUCAAUAUAUAUAUAGUUUUAGCGUGUUAUUGGAGUUUGUCAAGAGAGUACUCUUGUGUUGUGUCCCAAAUAAAGCGAACAGUAGGGUUUAGAUAAACUAGAAAAAGAGGGAAGAAACACUAGUAGGGAAGAAGAUAUGGAUGGCAUGGAGAAGACGAGAAGGAAGCUCAAAGGAGAGUCCAUGACCAUGUCUGUGAAGACUUCUGUUGAUUGGAGAGGCAGACCGUGCAAGGCUAACAAGCAUGGUGGAAUGACCGCUGCUAUUUUUGUUCUCGGUCUUCAGGCAUUUGAGAUGAUGGCUAUUGCUGCAGUUGGGAACAAUCUCAUAACAUAUGUGUUCAAUGACAUGCACUUCCCUUUGUCAAAGUCAGCAAACAUAGUCACAAACUUUAUAGGGACUGUGUUCCUCCUCUCCCUCCUUGGUGGGUUCCUCUCAGAUUCUUAUCUUGGGAGCUUUUGGACCAUGUUGAUCUUUGGGUUUGUGGAGCUCUCUGGUUUUAUACUGUUGUCAGUCCAAGCUCAUCUCCCCCAGCUGAGGCCACCCCACUGCAACAUGGUCUUGGAUGGAGACAAUUGCUCAGAGGCCAAGGGCUACAAGGCUUUGAUAUUCUUUCUGGCACUCUACUUGGUGGCUUUAGGAAGUGGGUGCCUGAAACCCAACAUAAUCUCUCAUGGGGCGGACCAGUUCAGAAAGGAGGACUCCAAGCAGUCCAAGAAGCUCUCCUCUUACUUCAAUGCCGCCUACUUCGCCUUCUGUAUGGGGGAGCUUGUUGCACUCACAGUUCUUGUCUGGGUCCAAACGCAUUCUGGGAUGGAUGUCGGUUUCGGAGUCUCAUCUGCAGCCAUGGCUAUGGGCUUGAUCAGCUUGAUUUCCGGUACCCUUGUUUAUAUGAACAAACCCCCCCGUGGAAGUAUCUUCACUCCAAUUGCUCAAGUUUUUGUAGCUGCAAUCACAAAGAGAAAGCAAAUCUGUCCUUCAAAUUCAGGGAUGCUCCAUGGAAGCCAGUUGCCAGAACACGCUUUGGCCUCAUCUAAUGUCAGAAAUCUUCUCCAUACUGAAAAGUUCAGGUUUCUUGACAAGGCCUGCAUCGAAGUUCAAGAUGGAACGCAGACGAGUGAGAGCCCGUGGAGACUAUGCACUGUCACACAGGUUGAGCAAGUCAAGAUAAUCAUCUCGGUUGUUCCUAUAUUCGCCUGCACCAUCAUCUUCAAUACCAUCUUAGCUCAGCUCCAAACGUUCUCGGUUCAACAAGGAAGUGCCAUGAACACCAGACUCAUAAAAGGCUUCCAAAUCCCUCCAGCUUCACUUCAAUCCAUCCCUUACCUCAUGCUUAUCUUUCUAGUCCCACUGUAUGAAACUGUCUUCGUCCCAAUUGCCCGAAAAAUCACAGGAAGGGACUCUGGAAUCUCACCUCUCCAAAGGAUUGGCAUUGGACUCUUUGUUGCAACUCUGUCCAUGGUUUCAGCUGCACUGGUAGAGAAAAAGAGAAGAACUUCUGCUUUGGAUUCAAACAGAAUCCUCUCCAUCUUCUGGAUUGCCCCUCAGUUUCUCAUCUUUGGCCUCUCUGAGAUGUUCACAGCAGUAGGGCUAAUAGAGUUCUUCUACAAACAGUCUGUGGAAGGGAUGCAGUCAUUUCUAACUGCCAUGACAUACUGCUCGUACUCGUUCGGUUUCUUUUUGAGCUCUCUCCUUGUUUCUCUAGUCAAUAGAAUCACCUCCAGCCAUUCCUCAAGUCGGGGUUGGCUCGGGGAUAACGAUCUCAACAAAGACCGGUUAGACCUUUUCUACUGGUUGCUAGCUGCUCUAAGUCUCAUCAACUUCUUCAACUAUCUCUUUUGGUCUAGAUGGUAUUCUUAUAACCCAUCUCUAUCACCCACUUCCCAACAUGGUUCCUAUGCAGAAGACCUAGAAAAUCACAGCCUCAACUCCUCAAAGCAGAUUGCAGCUGACAAUAAUAUACCUUGAAUGAUAUAUAAUCACAUGACUUAUGUAUUAGAAAGGCAUUACUUAGUGCAGCUGCUAGGUUUAGAACUUUAGUGUAUUUUUUUUUUUUUUGUCCUUUCCCUUUUCUUUUGUUUUCAAAUAAUUGACUGUUUAAUUAAGAUGGAGCUUCUAAA